AAAGGACUACUGGUCUACAGAUAAUUUAAUUGGCAGGCCCUUUUUCCGCCAAACAAUGUCUCGAGAUCGCUAUUUACAAAUACUAAGGCACUUACAUUUUAGUAAUAAUCAAAAUGCACAGGAAGGUAAUCGUCUGCACAAAAUCGAACACGUUUUGAAUUUGAUACAAAACAAUUUCAAAAGUAAUUUUUAUCCGUUUGAAAAUGUCGUCAUUGAUGAAAGUAUGAUUCUUUUCAAAGGGAGGCUGUCCUUCAAACAGUAUAUAAAAACCAAGAGACACCGUUUCGGAAUAAAAGUUUAUGUCUUAUGCGAUUGUGAAACAGGUUAUGUUUUGGGAUAUUUGGUAUAUACUGGCAAAAAUAAUGUUAAAAAUAGAGAUAAUGACAGCGGUCUAGGAUUGUCAGGUGAUGUUGUUGUGAAACUUUUGGAGCCCUACCUGAACAAAGGCCAUUCAUUUUACAGUGACAACUACUACACAAGUCCUACUUUGGCAAAUUAUCUUUUUCAGCACAAAACAAACUCUUGCGGAACUGUUCGCAUAAAUCGUAAACACAUGCCAAUAUUUGAAAAAAAGCUGAAGAAAGGGGAAACAGAGUGGCGUAGCAGUGAGCAAAUGCUAGUAUUGAAAUGGAGAGAUCGUCGUGACGUGGUAAUGCUGACCACCUUUCACGAAAAUAAAAUGAUUACGCUUAGUAAGGUUGAUAGGGUUACUAAUGAAAAUAAGACCAAACCAUUAUGUGUACUGGCUUACAAUGAAAGGAUGGGGGCAAUUGACAGAAGUGACAUGAUGAUUACCAGUACGGAUUGCACGCGAAAAACCUUAAAAUGGUACAAGAAAUUAUUUCUUCGUACCCUCGAUAUAUGCAUGCUAAAUGCGCAUGCUUUAUAUAAGACCCAGAAUGCCAGUAACAUCUUAUUUCCUGCCUUCCAUUUAGAAGUUAUCCGGCAGCUUCUGGAAAGGUAUUUUUAUUCUUUUAUUUUUGUAAAUUUUUUAUCGUACGCAUUUUUUAGAUAUCCAACCGUGGCCAGACUAUUAGGAAAGCACUUCCCUUCAGAAGUUCCUCGCAAAAAUGGGAAAGCGCAAAUGAGAAGAUGCUGGGUCUGCUCGCAUACAACAAACGGUGCAAAAAAAAGGAAAGAAUCGAGAUUCAUGUGCAAAGAUUGUGAAGUCGGGCUCUGUGUUGCACCAUGUUUCCAAAUAUACCACGAACAGAUCAAAUAUUAGUAGUAGCAGUAGAAACGGGGAAAAAAGACUAGAUCAGAAGAAAAGGCUCACACUUAUUUUUGAUAUUUUGUUCCUAAUAUUUUUAUUAUUUGUUAAUUUUUGUUCUUAUAUUUUUGCUUUACCAAGAGUUUUAGUUAAUUUUGUAUUGUUUGAUUAUUUCUUCAAUAAAAACAACUUUUUCCACAUUGUCGUAUAUAUUCGACAGCCGCCUGUUUGCCACUGCAAAAACUCCCGUCCGUGUGGCACGCAACCUACUUUUGAGUGCCGUCCUGAGAGGGUUAAUCCUUU